AUGAGUGAGUGUUUUCCUAUGAAGGAUUUAGGUCCUCUGAAAUUCUUUCUUGGGAUUGAAGUGUCUAGAGGAAAACAGGGCAUAUAUGUAUCUCAACGCAAAUAUACGUUGGAUAUCAUCUCCGAAUGUGGACUGCUUGGUGCUCAACCCAUUGAUACUCCUCUGGAACAAAACCACGCUCUCGCUAAAGAUGCUGGCGAGUUAUACUCUAAUCCAUCUCGGUAUCGCCGGUUGGUCGGACGUUUGGUCUACUUGGCGCUUACUCGUCCAGAUCUCAGCUAUGUUGUUCACCUCUUAGCACAGCAAGGUAUCUUGUUCAGCAAGGAUUCUGAUCUUCAUCUCGAUGCCUAUUGUGAUUCUGACUACGAUUCAUGUCCAAAGACACGUCGCUCUUUGUCUGGUUAUAUUGUUUUACUUGGAACAUCUCCUAUUUGUUGGAAAACCAAGAAGCAGAAAACGGUCUCCAUGUCCUCCGCUGAAGCUGAGUAUAGAGCUGUGGCUUUUACGUAUCAGGAAAUCAAACGGCUGAAAGAGUUACUACUCUUGUUUCAGGUUCCUCAUCCAGAACCGGUUACUCUUCAUUGCGAUAAUAAAGCUGCUCUUUAUAUUGCAGCAAAUCCCGUGUUUCAUGAACGGAACACAUAG